UUUUAUCUGAAUUGUCUGUUAGAAUUCAAAUACUUAAGUCUCUUAUUUGCUUCCAUAACCCUUAUAAUGAUUGAAGAUAUGUCGAAGCCCCUCACACAGACACAAAAAAGUCUUUGUGGGUAAGAUUUCAGUAAGAACGGUCCAUAUCAUUAGUUAGCGAGGGGUCGGGGGGGCUGUAACCAGAGUUAGUGCUGCAGAGAGAAACUCUAAACCUGGAAGUAAAGCCUGUUAUUUAGGUGCAACAUGAUGUGAAAGACCACAUUCUGAUUGUAAAGGCCCCACAGCCUCCAAAUUCCACCUCACAACAGAAACUAUUUAUUCUGUUUCUUUUUUCUUUAUUUAUUUUCCAAUUUAGCACUCUUAACGACCUGAGUAGUGUCACUGGUCCACAGAAAGGUCAAGGAUUUGAAGUAAUGUUUUUUAAAGCUAGUCAACACAUGAAGUGUUUUUACAGUUACUUAGCAGAACGUCUAACUGCCACAGUAAAACUUUAUAACUAUGCCAUUUGUAGAUGGUUUAUAUACAGUAUGUCAGGUUUUUCUGACAUGGAAGUCGUCCGAGCCAAAAUGUAAAAGGUUCAUAUGAAGUGUAAAGUAGUGGAAGGGAAAGGGUUAACGUAGUUCAGCUUUACUGAUAAUACAGUUUCUGACCUCAGAGGCAUUAAAUCAGAGUAAUGUCACAUCAGCCACCGAGUUAGCCAAUAAACCAAAUACUGAAAUCUACAGAAGGAAUCACUGUGACGUCACGUAAACAACAAUCGCUUCUGGGUAGAAAACUGAUAAGUGUUUUGAAUUAUGAUGUUUAACUUGUGUAUUUCUGUUGUAAUUUUCUAAUGUUACUGUAACAUUUAAAGAUAUAUAGUUAAACACUGGUGGUUCGACCUAUCUGAUGUUUCUGCUUAUUAGUGACACUUUGCUUCAUUUUCAGCAUUUCCAGCGGCAUUUGUGCCACCAAAACUUUUUUUAGUGGCACAUUGAUGCAUUUCCAGCGGCAUUUCACGUUUCCGGCAAUCAUUGUGCCGUCAAAACGAGGUCGCUGCAUUUCCAGCAGUGUUUUGCUAUGUUUCCAGCAGUUUAUGCACUAUCAAAAAACUGUUUGUAUUAAUGAACCAUUGCUGGAUUUCCUGUGAGUUUUGUGCCACCAAAACUUUUUAUUUUUUAUUUUUUUGAGGCACAUUGUGUUUCCAGCAAACGUGAUGUUUUUAGCGACACACAGUUGCAUUUCCAGCAGCAUUUGUGCCACCUAAACAGGGUGUCUUUCAGCAACACAACACUGCAUUUCCAGCGGCGUUUUGCACCUUUUCUAGCAGCUUUUGUGUCAUCAAAACAGUUUGUCUUAGCGACACAUUGCUGGAUUUCCAGUGGCUUUUUAGUGGCACAUGGCUGCUUUUCCAGCAGUGUUUGUGCCACGAAAACAGAGUGUGUUUUAGCCAGAUGUCGCUGCAUUUCCAGCAGUGUUUUGCGACAUUUCCAGCAGCUUUUUUUGCCACCAGAACGGGGUGUCUUUUAGCAACACCACUCUGGGUUUCCAGCAACCAUUGUGCCAUCAAAACAGGGUUUGUUUUAGCAACACAUUGCUGGAAUUUCAGUGACUUUUGUGCCAGUAAAAUGAUGUGUGUUUUAUCGACACAUCGCUGCAUUUCCAGAGGAGUUUGUGUCACCAAAACGGUGUGUUUUCACAACGCAUUGCUGCGCUUCCAGCAGUGUUUUGCGACAUUUCCAGCUGCUUUUUCUGCCACCCAUACAUGGUGUCUUUUAGCAGCACAACACUGCAUUUCCAGCAGUGGUGUUUUUUAAUGGCUUAUUGCUGCAUUUCUAGCUCUGUAGUCUGUUGCCCAGCAGGAAAAUUAGAAAAAACAGCUCCAGCAAACACCACCAGACUUAUUUUCUCAUGAUAUCUCAGCUGUUUCUCGCCCUCGUUUGCUCAGCACCAUUUAUGUUGGUGACAAAAGAGUUUUCUACCUGGAAGUUAUUGUAAACAAACACUUUGAUUCAGUCUUUAGAACAGAAAUAAAAUAAACCCCAGAUUAGAGUCUUUCAGUGAGACAGAGGUGGUUGAUAUGUGUCACACAUCGUUGUGAGUUUCUCGGUCACUAACUGAGAAUCACCGUGAGUCAUGAGGACUUUGGCGCAGAGGCCCACAGACCUCGAAGCACCAGUUUGCUCGCAGCCUCUCGCCGUUCUGCUGGUGUUGGCACAGCAGACGGGGCUGUUGGCCUCCGACUGGAGAGGGUGGCGAUGUGAGCUGGCAUUCCUCGCUCAUGCCCGUCCUACAAGUGCCAAUGAGCCUUGCCUUUGUGUGUAUGUGUGUGUGUGUGUGUGUGUGUGUGUGUGUGCUACCAUUCCUCCCAUGCUGACCUGAGAUGACCCUCGUGGUGUCAGAUACACACUCACACACACAAGCGCCCCUGUUUGUUUUUCAUUUGUAACGUUGUACACGAACCAUUCCAGCUGUCACUGUUUUGAUUUUGUUCCAUCUCUCCAUGUUUAACCCUUUGUCGCCCGAACACGUAGCUCUUGAACACACUGUUUUCUUAUCUUAGUUUAGUUUUUACUGUUAAUCGCGACGAUGGUUCGAAAAACUGUGAAGAAGACGGUGACUGAUCUGUCAACAAAAAGAGAAUAAAAGACUGUUGGGAAGACGCAGUGUGUUCCUUGUUUCUGUUUGCUGUGAGAUAGCAGACAAUUGUUUGCUUGUUUCUGUCCCCCGCCCUCCCAUCAUCCCUCGCUGCCUCAGACCAUAACUCAUGAGCAGAGGCGAAGAAGUGUCUUCUAUCACAUUUAGUCUGUGGGAUCCAAAUUAUGAGCCUUAAUAGCUGUUGGUUUGGAGCCUGAAACGAUUUAUUGACAGCAGAACUGAAGCGUUUCAUUCCUGAGAUGUCUGUAAACCUUCUGGCACAAUAAAUGUUGUCCUUUCCUUCUCUCAGCUGCCUUUAUGGAGACAAACCCCCCUCAGGGAAGUCUCAGCCUAUACAUCUGGAAUAAUGUCCAGAGCUGACCCACUUCUUCUUCUUUCCCUUUUUUCCCUCCUCGCCCUCCAGCUAGCUCACUUCCUCUGGACUGCCAAAGCAACCGGUGGCGCGUACUGAAACGUGUCUCUCCUUUCAGUGUAUUUCCUUUCUUUUCACAGAGGAAACUGAACCCGGAGAGGCGCACCGGCCAUUGACUCUCACUUGGCUUUGCGGGGCCCAGCUGACUGAUGGCUGGCUGCUGGAGGGCUGAUGGAUGGAUGGAUGGAGUGAAAGGCUCUUGUGAAGUGUCUUUCUGUCUUGAUUUUUUUUUUUUUUUUUUAAGCACUGUCAGCUGUGUGUCGGAAGUUCAGCGUGCAUGUUCCUGCUUGUCACCUGACAGUUUCAGUGUGUGUCUUCCUGUCUGUCAUUAUGUUGUGAUUCAGGGUCUCCACACAUUGUGAGCACAGCCGAGCUCCUCAGAGCUGCCUGCUCAUGUCGAACUUUAUUGCAGCCUGCAGUGGGCUUCUCUCUUCCUCCCCCCUCCUCUGCCUCACGCUGUGGAGUUGAGGGGGUUGACCAAUUGCCAGCAGCUGUUGCUCAUUUCACAAUGGUCCCGCCCAUACAGUGCUGAGGCUGGCAGUGCAGCCGCUCCACACUAGAUGAGCAGCAGAGCUCCCAACUUACAGGACUGUGUCUACGCUACAGCCGGCAUGAAGGACAGACAGAGAGCACAGGACACAGAGGAUUUUGUACCGUGUUGCUGAGAGAAGCCCAGAGUGGAGCCCAGAUCCUGCUGCAGGCUAAUUAAAUCCCCACCAUCACAACGCUCCAUCUUCCCUCCCCUGCUUCACCAACACAGACAGAAGCUGUCCUGAGCAGGACGACAUCCUCGCCUGCCUCCAUCCUCUGCCUCCUCAUGUCCCUGCAGGUGGAGCGGAGGGCAGGGCGAGCGCACACAGCCCACCAGCUGCAGCCACACGCUCCUUAAUGGGGAUGGCGGUCCAGAGGAGGCUGGUGUUUGUUGUGGUGAGCGCCUUCUCCCUGCUGUGUUUUUACAUCCUGUGUGUGAACCUGGAGACGCGUCUGCCCUGGUCCACAAUGCCUCUGAAGCAUUUCCAUGGCUUCAUACGGACAACAAGCAGCGGCUCACAGGACUCUCAGGAGCCUCUUGACAGAAAGAGCAACAGUGACCAGUGGACCCGUCCGCCCCCUGCCUCCAACUUUUCCCCGGAGCUGCAUCAACACGCACACACUCCAACUGUAAAGACUCAAACUCCCACAGCCGUUAAACACAAACCAGCAGAGAACAGCAUCCUGCAGCUCUCAAAGUCCAGUUCAAGGUCUGAUGGUGCGGAUAAAACCAGUACCAGGACCAGUACCAAAGGCCCCACGCUGCAGCGCCAGCAGCCCAUACAGGCAGCCAGACCAACAGAGCCUCCGUUCAUCGGAGACACUUACAUGAGCGAAGAUAUCCCUCCACAAACAGACUGCCCGGACAGUAUCCGCAGUCGGGUCACGAACACAGAAUUUGGAGGACGAUUUCUGAAACACAUUCCAGUCCUGCAGUGGGCCCAACACGCCACUUAUGAACAUCACCAGCGUCUGAGCCAGUACCCAGGAGCCCACGGCUGGGGAGGGAUCGAUUUCAAGACGCUGGUGGACACUCUGUCGGUCCUCAACUCCUCUGCUAACUGGAGGAUGUUGGACGACUGGAAGGAUCGCAGCAAUAAAUCAGACUGUACCCACUGUGCUGUGGUGGGGAACGGUGGCAUACUGAAGGAUUCAAAGAAAGGGAAGGAGAUCGACAGUCAUCAUUACGUCUUCAGGACUAACGGGGCGAUCAUUAAGGGCUUUGAGGAGGAUGUGGGGUCUCGGACCACCCACUACACAUUCUCCACCAACACACUGAUGAACUCCAUGAGGAGCUACGCCGGCGUCGGGUAUAAGGGACCCCCUCUGUCUAAAGAAACAAAAUACAUUUUCCUGCCUGAUCACGACCGUGAUUACCUGCUGAUGAAGGCAGCAGCGACACACACUCCAGUGGAGAGAGGACCUGAGCGGGGCAAAAAUCCUUCGAAUUACUUUGGAGAGGAUGUGUCAGCAGAAAAGCUGAAGAUGUACCACCCUGACUUCGUCCGUUACAUCAGAAACAGAUUCCUUCGUUCUAAUGCUCUGAAAACCAAAUAUAAGGACAUCUACCGUCCGUCAACAGGAGCUGUGAUGCUGCUGGCUGCUCUGCACACCUGCGACCAGGUGAGCGCGUACGGCUUCAUGACACCAGACUAUAAGAACUACUCUGACCACUACUACGACAACAACUACCACCCAGUGGGCUUCUUCAUCAACCACGACCUGCAUAUGGAGAUGACCCUGUGGCAGCAGCUGCACCAGGCGGGCCUCAUACGACUCUACAUGCACAAGUGAACGCGUCAUCCUGUCUGCACACGACGAGUUACCGGCAGGGUCACGACCUUGCCUCCUUUGUCUCAAAAUGACUGUAUGUAUGGAAGCCAAUAAGGGACAUAUGUAUUUGAGUUUUAACAACCACUGGACAUGCAAUACUGAAAAUUAAACACCACUGAAUUUGUGGCAUUUAAAUAUUUGACUAUGAAAACCAUGUAUCAGACAUUAUUUGUUCUGAAUUCACCUCUUUAAUUAUGAAUUAAUCAUUAAUUACAUUUCUUGAUUUGCUAUUACAAAAGCUGUAAAUAGUUUUUUAAUAUUCACAAAUUUGAAAUUCAAGUUAAAAAAUUUUAUGGCAACCCAGGACAGGAUACGCUGGGUAGCCUGGAUGUGACUAUUUGAAUUGUUUUUACUUGAAUUUUUGGUUCUGGAUUUGACGAAUCAAAUUUGACUGUUUUUUUUUUUAAUUUGAAAUUUGUUGACAUGUUUAAUAGAUUUUUUUCAACUUACUAUUUUAAAUGGACACGACAUAUCAAGAAAUUUCAUAUUUUAAUUCCAAAGAGGUGAUUUCAGGACAAUAAAUUCAGGUUUUCAAAGUAAAAUAUUUCAGUGCUAUGAAUUCAGUGGUGUUUAAAGUUAAAUCAGUGGCUGUUAAAAUUAAAAAAACGUAUGUCUCUUAUUAGCUUCCAUAUUUAUAACUCUCUGAAAUGAGCAAAAAAAAGUAGCAGAAGUUUUCUUUUUAUGAAGGAAACAAAGAUUUUUUUAAUGACAGCUGCUGUGAUUGUCCAGCAUGGAGAUUAUUAUUGUUAUUAUUUGAUUUUUUUUUUUUUAAUCAAAAAGAAAAAAAAAAUUCUCCCAGAAAGUAUGUUUUUGGUGAUUUGCAGAUUUGCAAAAUACGUCCAGACAUCAAGUUUGAACCAGGUCAAAUUUGGUUAAAAACAUUUCGGUCAGUGUCGGCCAUCCACUUUGAUUCAACCUGAAAUAAUCUGACAAUUAUUGGAUGGAUCACUGACACCGGUCUCCUGAGGAAAAGUCCUGUUUUGUUGCCCAUCACCUAAUGGAUGUAUAAGGAGAACUGGAUACAGAAUUGAAGCCGGGGCCCCGUGCGUUCCUGUGAAAGCUGCUCAGUGGUGCAUGAAGCCAAAAAAGCUCUAUGACCAGGAUGUGGAAGUACCUGGAUGUGUGGCGCUGCUUCUGCAUGACUGGGCCCAUAGAGCCGACAAGACUACUUCUGGUUUAGUGCUAGGUAUAAAAUGAUUUAAUCACGUGGCCCUUCUUGACUUUCCAAAUGUUAUCUGACCAAAUGGAUCAAAUCCUGAUAGUGGAAAGACUCAUAUCGUAGGAGCUGUGAUGCUCAAAACAUAUAUUUCCACUGAUUUACAGAUGUCUCUUUCCUAAUGUAAGUCAAUGGGAAAAGAUUUUUUUUAGUCCAAUAGCAUCAGGAGAUGGACUCAGAGUUGUAAUGCCACUGUUUGGCCACUCUGAAAAUUUGUGUCAAAGCUUAACGCACUUGCUGGGGGCCUGACCGACCAUCCCAACCUGCCUCCCUGCACGGACUGCUUCCUUCUUUACUUCUUUUAGAGCAUUGGUCACAUGACCACAGCCUCUAGAGGGUAAGGUUUGUCGCAGCAUCUGCAGUGAUACGGGUGCUGCGCUGGACCGUCGUGGUUCAGAGGGAGCUGAGUUACAAGGCGGAGCUUUUGAUUUACUGGUCCAUCUUCGUCCUAACCCUCACCUAUGGUCAUGAGCUCUGGGUAGUGACUGAAAGAAUGAGAUUGUGGAUGCAAGUGGCCGAAAUGAGUUUCCCCCAUGGGGUGUCUGGGCUCAGCCUUAGAGAUAGGGGGAGGAGUCAGACAUCUGGAGGGAGCUCGGAGUAGAGCCGCUACUCCUUCAUGUUGAGGUGGUUCAACAUCUGAUCAGGAUCCUCCUGGGCGCCUCGGGGCAGACCCAGAACACACUGGAGGGAUUAUAUAUCUCAUCUGGCCUGGGAACACCUCGGGGUCCCCCAGGAGGAGCUGGAAAGCGUUGCUAGGGUGAUGGACUUCUUGGGUGCUUCCUGCGACCCGGUCCCAGAUAUGUGGAUGAAAAUGGAUGGAUGAUUAUAUGGGAUACAUACUAACUGUGGUGCAUCACUUUUCGUUCGUAUACGUAUGAACAGCGCACAAGAGUGUGAACAGCCUCACAGAGCUGCUAGACGACACGGCUGCACACAACAGUUUAAGGGCUACAUUUCAAGGUGUCAUUACGAGCUGCUGCAAACUUAAAUAGUGACUGAAAUGUGUUAAAAACAAAAUUUACUCUUCAGCAAAAAUUUAGCAAAUCACCAAAAACAUGUUUACGAGAAUGAUUUCAGAGCGUCUCAUACAAUCAGUCUGUGGCUGAGUCAAGGUCGUUUCUUGUUACUGUGCGAUACAGAGCGUUUACAAGGGACAAGACUGCAAUUGAGUUGGCCACUUGCUUAAAAUAUCCCGUCUCCCUGCCCUAAAUAGACGGUCAGAGCACUGCUGGCAGUGGCCAAGGUCUAUUCUGACAUUUACUUAGAUUACAUUCUCUCUGAGUCUGUGUGUGUGUGUGUGUGUGUGUGUGUGUGUGUUUUACUGUGGGAGGUGACACUGAGUGUGACUCCAGAGCUCAUUAGGAGACAUGUUUCAGUUCAAGGGACUUAACUUAUUUUUAUCGUACAUUUUUGAAGCACUCAAGUGUCCUUUUUAUUUCUGCAAGGUGCCACACUGUGAUGAUGGGAACACUGUGUGGGCUGUCAGUGCCUUUUAAUGUGAAUCAGUAGUUGGGAUGAAGCGUUGUGUGACUGAGGUGGAAACGUCUGAGGUGAUUCAGGACGUUUCCACAACAACACAAACCACAAAGUCAGUGGCAUUUUCGCUCUGUUUGGAUUUCGGGGCGGUCGCCAGGACACGCCUCGUGGAAUUCGCUCGUUCAGCUGCCACACCUGGACUCCUCUCUGAGCCGGGCCAAUGAAGGGGCAGAUUUACUUAAGAUUUACUGUUGCUACUCUCCUCAAACUGGACUGAGGCGUCACAUCCUCGAUAUCACAGAUGCACUGUCAGAUUAAACAGAUACAUUUCAUUGUAUUAACAGCAGUGACGACACACUGUAGGUCUGAUGGAGGGAUGAGAAACCAAAGACUAAAUGGAGAUCAGGGAAUAUGUGUAUUUAACAUUUCAUUUUUGUGUCAUAUCAAAUCAAUACAUAUUCAGACAAACCCGAAAUACUGGAUCAUAUUUUUACACAGUGGAACAGGAAGGAGAGAAGUUAUCGUGCAAUGUCUGACUCUGAUUUUCACCUUUUAAAAAUCUGUAUAAAAGGAAACUGUGAUUUCA